GAUAGGGCAGUUUGUUUCCUCUCGCAAACCAAAUCCGCGAUCCACAGCAAACGGAACAUUUUUCGCAUACAGUUUCUUCAAAUUUGUGCUUCAAGUAUGUAAUUCAAUUUCGUACAAACUUACGUAUUGUUCAAUACAAUCUUAGAUAACCGAACCGAACCAAAGACUGACUGUGUAUAGGGCAGCUAACUACCGGUGAAAGAUGAUGAAGUGGAUGACAACCGUGCUUUUGGGCGCCGCCCUGCGCUAUUUACUGAUGCAUUCCCAUUACGGGGUCACGAUCCAGAACCGAGUCGAAGUGGCCACUCCGCUGAACUCGUGGAAGCGAGCAAUUGAAGGGGCAUACUUGUACGCCAACGGAACAAAUCCGUACGAAGGCGACCUGUACCAUCAGAACCCAUUCGUGCUUGUUUCGGUGUGGUUCCUGAUGGAGAAACUGUUCGCGUUCGCCAGUGCCAUAUUCAUCAACCUGGAAGUGGGAACCAUUCUGAUGCUCAAAAGCGUGGCCGCAAUUUUCAUCCGUAAACUUUACGACAACCAAAGAUCGCGUUUGUCCAGCUUUGCCAAGGGGACCAAAGAAUUGCAGAUAUCGCCGGAUGAUGUCCGCUCAGUUCCGUACUAUGUGGCCCUGGCGUACAUGUUCAACCCGUACUCAAUCCUGAACUGCGUCGGUCAAACGACUACGGUUCUGAGUAACUUCCUGCUGGCGUUGUUCCUUCUGGGAAUGGCCAAUCGAGUGAGAUUGGUGGCCUGCAUGGCACUGGCCCUGGAAACGCAGAUUAACAUCUAUCCUUGCGUACUUAUCAUCCCGGCUGCACUGUUCAUCGCUCAAGAUGACAAGCACAAAAUGCAAAGCAUUCUCAUUACGUGUGGAAUGUUCUUAAUGACCUUUUUGUUCGUGAAUUACGCUUCAUUCAUGAUCAUGGGCGAUUGGAGCUUUUUGGAUGCAACUUAUGGGUUUAUCUUCAACUGCCGUGAUUUGCAGCCCAACAUCGGACUUUUCUGGUAUUUCUUCACCGAAAUGUUCGACCACUUCCGGACUCUUUUCCUGUACACAUUCCAAAUCAACGCCACACUGCUGUACUUAUUUCCGUUGACGUUCAAACUGCACAAGGAACCGAUUAUGCUGCUGACGAUGCUGCUUGCCCUGGGCGUCGUUUUCCGUCCCUAUCCCUGUGUUGGCGACAUCGGGAUGUACCUUUCGUUGCUUCCCCUGUGGAAAUCGAUCUCAAAGUUCAUGGGCCACAAUUACAUCGUGGGAGCAACGAUGCUGGUAACGAGCAUCCUGGGACCGACCGUAUGGCAUCUUUGGAUCUACUCCAACUCGGCCAACGCCAACUUCUACUUCGGGAUGACUCUAGUCUUCUGCACAGCGCAGAUUUUCCUCAUCACCGACCUGUUCUUUGCCUACAUAAAGCGCGAAUUUUGCCUCAAGCACGGAAUGAACAUCACCAUCGACGGCAAGGAAGCCCGGAUUGCGCUGGAGUGAGGUGCGAAAGGGGCAAUGUGAUUGAAAUGCUUACAACUGCAACACACAAGUAUUUGCAAUAGAAAUUAUAAAAUGAUUAAAAAAAAAUAAAAAAAAUGAGUGUUUUAAAAAUAGGAA